UUUAAAUACCAAUUCCAUUUUUACAACGUCUGCAGGACUGUAGCUUUCAAACAGCAAAGGGCAAAGAAAGAUUUUUAAGCAAGCAAGCAAGCAAACAGCAAUGAGUAAAAGUCCGCUUUCUCUUGUCUUUUAACAGGAUGGUACUGGGGCAACAUGAGCGUUGCUGAAGCCAAAGAGAGAUUACAGGAUGCCCCUGAAGGGACUUUCUUGGUUAGAGAUAGCUCACAUUCAGAAUAUCUAUUGACUAUUUCAGUAAAAACAUCAGCAGGACCAACCAAUCUACGUAUAGAAUAUCAGGAUGGCAAGUUCAGGCUGGACUCUAUCACUUGUGUCAGAUCUAGACUUAAGCAGUUCAACAGCGUUGUGCAUUUGAUUGAGUACUAUGUGCUUAUGUGCAAGGACAGAACCGAAACGCCUUCAAAUGGAACGGUUCAUCUGUACUUGAACAAACCCCUCUAUACGUCAGCUCCAUCUCUGCAACAUCGCUGCAGAAUAACUAUAAACAAAUGUACAAAUCAGAUCUGGGAACUGCCAUUACCAACAAGACUAAAAGAGUACUUGAAAGAGUACCAAUACCAGGUAUAAAUAUCUUUUCUAAACGCCUCUAAUACAGAGUAACUUUUGAAUGCAAUUCUUAAAAUCAGCCAAAGAACUGAGUAACCAGUUGUACAAGUCAGCAUGGAAUUCACUAUCAAAACAGUGGCAGUUCUGGGGGAAAGGGUUUUAUUUCAGAUGCCACAAAGGAAGACUUUAUGUAGAAUAAUCGCAGUCUGCAUCUUCAGGGGUUCGACAAGGUGGCGUGCUAACCUGUGAGGAGAGAGAAGCCAGAUCGUGUUGCUUUGUCAAUGGCAUAAAAUACUGCACUAACUAUCAAAUGCUAGCUGAAGCGGUGGGAGGGGGAGAGACUGCAAAAGUGGUCAAAGGCGUAUCAGAGUGCAUAAGUAUCUCAGUUGUCUGAUUCCAAGACUAAUUUGGUGCUGGUGUUCGUAUAAUCCUGAAAACUUAACUGGAUCACACUGUGAUAAUCUUGCCAAAGUUAUGCAGCUAAUCAAAUGCAGUCAAAAAAGUGAUCAUCUAUUCUUUUUUUUAUUGAACUAUAACCCUCGUGCUUUUCUGCAAGAAAAGGAGUGCUGUAAGUAAUCCGUUUAAAACAUUGUUUUCCAGAGUUCUCUAAAAAUUGGUUUUAAGGCGAAAUCACACAUCUUUCGUAGGAACCCAGUAUAUGUUGCUGAUUAUACCAGAUUGGUAUCCCAGAAUCUUUGUUAACAUGUUAACAUCUUCCCAGAAGUGACAUAUCCGUGUUAUUACUAUUAAGCUUCUUUUGGUUGAGGCUUUAGGACUCUAUGCUGCAGGCUUGCAGUUGCUCUGUUCCAGUGUCGAGACAUGGAUAUCAGCAGUUACAGCUGUCUUCUACAGUGUAGAAUGUUUUCUUCAGCUUGUUUCCCAAAAUAUGGGGAAGUCUGGAUUUGGGGGGGUUUUUUUGAGGCUGUUUGUUUUUUUCUAAUUCACCAUUGUAGCUACCAGACUAUUACUCAAUAAAGUAAACCAAAUUG